GCUGCCCUUUCUCUCGCCAGCGAAGGUUGGCCAGCAGGCCUUGCGAAGGGGAAAAAAGGGGGAGAAAUGGACUGAAACGCCCGGCCGGUGCGGGGAUUCCUUGCAGGCCGCGGAAACCGAGCGUGGCGUGAGUUUUUCCGGCUGCUCACUCCACCUUUGCCUAGCUGUGCAAAGGGCUUUCUCCCACCCGCAACCCACAUGUGGAGUCAUUUCGUUCUUCUGAGCUAUAAGGCAGGCGAAAUCCUUGCUCCCCGCAACAGAGUAGGGCUCGCAAGCUUUUGUCGGAAUUUCAGAACCAUGAAGAUAGAGUCUUCCGAAUUUAAGUCUCUUUUCACCCCGGGACUGAAGGGCAUUGCAGAAAUAUUUAAUAAAGAAAAUUAUGAACUAAGAAUAGCAGGAGGUGCUGUAAGGGAUUUACUCAGUGGAAUAAAACCACAAGACGUUGAUUUUGCCACUACUGCAACACCUAGUCAGAUGAAAGAAAUGUUCCAGGCCAAGGGUGUCCGUAUGAUCAACAACAGAGGAGAAAAACAUGGAACCAUCACCGCUAGGCUCCACGAGGAGAACUUUGAAAUUACCACACUGAGAAUUGAUCUGCGUACUGAUGGGAGACAUGCAGAAGUAGAAUUCACAACUGAUUGGGAAAAAGAUGCGGCAAGAAGAGAUCUCACCAUAAAUUCUAUGUUCCUAGGUUUGGAUGGCACUCUUUAUGAUUUCUUCAGUGGUUACAAUGACUUAAAAAACAAGAAGAUCAGAUUUGUAGGAGAAGCCAACCAGAGAAUAAAAGAAGAUUUUUUACGAAUUCUUCGCUAUUUCCGAUUUUACGGGAGGAUAGCUGAAAGGCCUGAUGAUCAUGAUGCCAAAACUCUGGAAGCCAUCAAAGAAAAUGCCAAAGGUUUGGCUGGAAUAUCUGGCGAAAGGAUUUGGACAGAAUUGAAAAAAAUUCUUGUUGGGAAAUACGCAAAUCAACUCAUUCAUCUGAUGUAUGAACUUACAGUAACUGAUUAUAUAGGAUUACCUGUUAAUGGGAACUUACAGGAGUUUGAUACAGUCUGUAAAAAUGUCCAGAAUCUUUUCCCCAAACCAAUGACCAUUCUAACGUCACUGUUAAAGGUUCCGUGUGAUCUUUCAAAACUGGAUUUAAGACUGAAACUAUCAAAAGAUGAAAAAAACCUGGGGCUAUUCCUGUUGAAGCACAGGAGAGACUUGACCAAAGCUUCCGAUACUACAAUGCCUCUUAAACCGUACCAGGAUUUCAUUUUAGAUGCAAGGGAGUCUUGUGCAACAUCCAGAAUCCAUGAGCUUUUGAAGUACCAAGGAGAAGAACAACUUCUGAAAGAAAUGCAAGAAUGGUCUUUACCCUCUUUUCCUGUAACUGGUCAUGACUUAAGACAAAUGGGAAUCUCAUCAGGAAAAGACAUUGGGCCCCUCUUGCUACAGUUACGAGAACAGUGGAAAAAAAGUGAUUAUCAAAAGAAUAAAGAAGAACUUUUAAGCUAUGUAAAGAAGGCGUGAAAGCAAAUGGUGCUGAAACUAAAUAAUUUUGUAUGAAGUUUCACAUGUACAUGCAUAUUUUAUUGGGUACAUUUCAUUUCUAAAUAUUAGGACUAUUUGUAUUUCAGUUCCAAAACAAAUAGGGUAGUUUUUGUGUUCAUCUGGUUGGUAAUACAUGAAUAACUUUCAUAUUCUUUUACUCAACUAUUAAAUAACUAUUAAAUGUACGCUUCAAGUUGCACUGACUCACAAACAAACUUGUAUGUAGAUUGACUGACUAUCUGGGUUGUUCAAAAAUGUUCUUUGGAUUGAGUUGACUUUAAAAAGCAAGGAAAAAUAAUUUAAGGAAAUUAACAUUGCAGUUGUAUUCCUGUUUAUCCAAAAAUGAUUCCCAUCCAUUCAGUGGAGCUGACUCUCAGCAAGCAUAUAUCAUCUUGAACCUCAGUCAGAUUUUAGCCACAGCUGAUGCUGUCAAACAUUAUCACUUCACUGAAAUUCAAAUUACAUUAUGGACAACAACAACCUGAAGUUUUAGAUACUGAAAAAGAUUUACUAGUUAUUCCAAAAAAGCUUUUAGGUACAAGGAUAGCAUUUCUAAUAUUUAUAUUGAGCUGAGCACUUUUCAUUCAUUUUGUUUCUAUGCACCUGAAAAGAUUCUGAGAACUAAUUAAAAACUGAUUUUUUAAAAUACAAAUUACACAAAGUCCCAGCUUUCCUCAUUUUUUAACUUGGAAUAUGUUACAAAAGCCUACAGUGGGUUUAUAAACUUGAUCCUAUAAGUCUUACCUAAUGCUGCAAAAUGAGUUACAAUAAGCUCAGUGGGAUUAAUUCUUGGCAGUAUAUUUAGGACUGUAGUGAAAAUGUUCUUGCUGGGUUGAUGAAUUUGGAUAAUGACAUAGAAGUUUCUAUCCACUAGGUGGCAACCUGUAGGAGCCAAUUUUAUAUUGCGAACAAUACAGUACAGAAGAGGUUUUGUUCAAGGUGCAUGCUGAAAGAUCUCUGGGUGGUAAUGCAGUUUCAAAUUCUAAUUUGCAAUUAUCUGAGGGAGAUGGGCAGUUUAGAAAGAGGAAAUAUAAAUAAAUAUGACUAUUUCUUCAGUCUAGACUUCACGAGAACCAAUUUCUAAUAAUGGAAAAUUUAAUAUUUAAUUUGAUCAUAAUGCUGUCAGGCCAUCUUAAUAUAUGUCAGGUUUUAUCCUAUGUACUGUAUUUUGCAUUUUCUCUGUCCUUCUGAGAAAUUGGUUUAUCAGAAACCAACUAAUAUUGUACCUUCCCUUAAUUCUAAGUCAGUACAUGAAGAAUAUUGAUUCGGGAAUAUGAGCACGGGGACAAAAUGGAGAGUACAACCUUAACCCUAAUGAAUGCAUUACAGAUAGUCUUCAGUUUAAAGCCAUUUGUUUAGUGAACAUUCAAAGUUAAAAUGGCACUGAGAAAUGUGAUACUUAAUGACUGUCAUAGCAUUCCCACGGUCACCUGGUCAGAAUUCAGGUGCAUAUUAACUGGCAUGUAUUUACCAUAAUGGCAGCAUCAUGGUAAUCACACAGUCACCAUUUGCGACCUUCCGGGCAGUCUUUCAACAUGCAAAGUCAGUGGGGGAAGCUGGAUUCACUUAACUGCAAUGAUUCACUUAAUCAUGGCAAAAAAGUGUAGCAAAUUGGGCACAACCAGUUGAACAACCAACUGCCUUGCUUAGCAGUGGAAAUUAUUGUCUCACUUGUGGUCAUAAGUUGACGACUACUAGUUGUAUGUAUUUCCAUGAUACUUUUCUACGUCCCUUAACCUAGAAAGCUAAAAACUUCUGUUUGUUUUUAAUUUGCUUUUCUCCUGGAAUUCACUUUAGAUUGCACAUGUUUUAGAGACAUACUUGGAGAGUACCACUAUGCUAUUAGGAUUGGAGGGAUUGGCCGACAUUACAGCUUAUCCUGCAAAAA